AGCAAAAAUCUUCUCACGGUUGAAUGUAAUUGGGAAUUGAGGAUUGAUACCAGAGCACGCUCCUUGUAGAGAAGCAGGAGAAACAAGCCAGCUCAAGGUGAGAUGAUCAAACAAUACAAACAACUUGAAAUAAUCAAAGUUUACACGUGUAAUGGGUCCAAUAACGAAACUACAAAGGACAUAGUCAUAACAGAAGGUUGAUAGUCCGGUUGAGGAUCGUGGGGAAGAUGGCGAUAACUGAGGUUUUGUUUGAAACCGCUAGUGAGUCGGGUGAAGCUAAUAGUACAUAAAGUGCGAAUGAGUGGGUUACAGUGGCGAAGAAAACGGGAAAUAAUGAGAAGUAACGCUGUGUUGGGAAAAUAAGAAACCACGACUCGUUUUUAGUCGGAGUGAGGGGUUCGGAUCAAUACUACUUUUGAAAUCUGUUUGUCUCCAGGAAAAUCUGUGUGUGCGGAACAGAAGAAGCGUGUUUUUUAAGACUCAAAGAUCGGAGUGGAACGUUUCCUGUAUGGAUUUUCGUAGCAGGGCGCCUAUCAAGGGGGUUGUUUCUAUAAUGUGCGUGUGUGGGGAGACACGCACAUUGUAGGCUUCAAUAUGAGGAGGAAAUUAUAGUCCUAAAAGUGCUUUCCAGUUUCACUGACUCGCCAAAUGAUACGCAGCUCACACGCCAGUGAUGUCCGCAUGUUCGUGCCAAAAGCCUAUCUCGCUUUCGCUCUUGCUUUACUUUGUAAAACAAUAUUUGGAAGUUGAUCAAAUAUAUUUUGAUAGUCUACAGCAGACCGAUGUCUUCUCUGUUCAGCAGGGGCCACUUGUUUUCCAACCUAUAUUUUCCUGCGAUUUGUAUUUUAAAUAUUGGGAAAGGCCUGUUGUCUGCAUGCUGUUCACUGACAGAUUUGCCGCGCGCUCCCGACUGUAGGCUAUGCCUUGUUAUUGGACUACAAACAAUCCACAGCUAGGCAAUAAAAAGCUAUUGAUCAUCUGUGGCUAAAUUAUAGGCCUUCUUAUGGUAUAGUAGGCUAUUCUAAACAGACAGCAGGAAUUCUAUAACUUUGGCAAAUGUAUUUCAAUUCAUCAUGCGUGCUGCAGAUCCUCCAGAACACUUUGCAGUCCAGGACACUAUGAUUCUAUAAGGAAAUAAAUGCUACCAGCUCUCGCACAUCGGAAUGAGACGUUUCUCACAUUUAAGUGUUUGAAGAAUUGACAAGGAGGCAACUCGAAUGAACUUUGAUCGCUUUUAUUAUAAUUUUAACAUUGCAAAAGGUGAAGGGGGUAAAAAAGUACCGGAUCCGACCAAAUAGGUUCCGGAACUAAACGGUCCAAAACGGAGGUGCCAUCCGGCUCAAAUUAAGCACUGGUAGAUUUUUUUUCCACUAAUGGUGAAAUAACUCAAUGUUUACUGAAACGUUGAGUAUUAAGUUAUAAUAUUAUGGGUAAAUCGACACCCAGAGAAAAUAAAACCCAACGAUAACUAAAAUGGCUUUUAUUCCGUGGUGAAUGUGUAAAGUGAGGACGGCACUUCACACAUUACUUGUGGUUUGAGCUGGCGUGAGAUUUUAGUUCUGUGUUGCCAAAAUGACCGCUAAUCCGCUGUGCUUUGUAUUGAUGGUUUGCAAACAAUGAUCUGUUGACGAGUAUCAAUAUAUGUUAAUUAAAGGUGUAUUUGGCCAGGUGACCAUCUGUAGCCUCUUACCUGUUAUAACCACAGCUGAACCAGCUACUACCACACCUGUACACAGCAUCAUGCUCCUUUUAAGACUGACUGCGUUCACCUGUGAGUAUACUGAAUUGUAACAUAUGUAUUUGCAUUCCAGUAUUUUCCAGAUGUUUCUAAAUGUGUCAAUUUGUAGUUGAAGUCCAAUAUAAACAGUAUGACCCAGGUCUAGUAUACAGCAUCCUGUAUGAUCUGAGGACUAGGUGCUGUUCCAUGUCUGUCUAUACUCUGUACCAUACUAUAUACUGUACACUCUUUAUAUACUUACUGUAUAUGAUGUACACUACUUCUCCUGUAAAGAAUUGGAAAGGGAAGGGACUGACCAAGGUUAGUAAAGCUGAAUUAGCUGUGUUGUUUUUCAGUGCUGGCUGCAGCGUGCUGUACACUACCGGCUGCAGGUACGUGGUUGGUGUGUGUGUGUGUGCGCGCAUCUACAUCUAUAAAGUGAUGGUAACUAUGUUUCUUCCUCAGCAACUAGAGUGGUCACCUGUGACAAUGGAGACAACGUCCAGUUCCUGAGCUGUGGUAUGAACACACACUACCCUGAUGGUCUCUCCGUAGUGCUGUCGGUCUCUUUACCUGUUCUUAUUCUUUCCCUGCUAGAUUCUGGAGUGAUCUUCAUUGAGAGAGCUCUGUACGGACGGACUGACGGAACCACCUGCAAAGAAGGACGAACUGCCAACCAGCUGACCAACACACAGUGUUCACAGACGGGCACCAUGGAGGUCCUCUCACAGAGGUACAUUCAGUCACAGUGUUUAUUUGAUAAAGAAAGGCUGGGAUUGUCAGAGGUGUGUUGUUGAAAAGCACAUCGCAGUAAAGUCAAUGUGCCUUUUUAAAGCCAUUUUUCCUGACGUUCCCGGUAAACACUGCAGAUGUUUGCUUUAAAUGUCAAGCGCUGCAUGCUUGUUGACAACGCCUUUGAUUAAAUCCCAGCCAUCACUCAUCUUACCUCCUGAUAUCCCCCAGGUGCAAUGGGAAACAGGUGUGUGAAGUGAACACUGAAGUCUUCCGUACUUCUGACCCCUGUGUCGGAAUCUACAAAUACCUGGAAACCACCUACACCUGCAUCCUAGCAAGUCAGUCUGUCUUAUUAUUAUAAUAAUACACCAGGCUAAUGUGUGUCUGCUAUGAUAAUGUAUGCCUUUGUCUGCCCAGCAGUGGCCAGUGUGGUGUGUAAUUCUUGUUUGUUUUGUCCUUGCAGCACGCAGCAUCACGUGUGAAGGCUCUGAUGCUCUACUAGAAUGUGGUAAGGCUCUGAAGCUCUACUAGAAUGUGGGGAGGCUCUACUAGAAUGUGGUGAGGCUCUGAUGCUCUACUAGAAUGUGGGGAGGCUCUGAUGCCCUACUAGAAUGUGGGGAGGCUCUGAUGCUCUACUAGAAUGUGGGGAGGCUCUGAUGCUCUACUAGAAUGUGGUAAACUUGUCAACACUCUGCUGUACAGUAUACUCACAUCUCAUAUGAUUAUGUAUUAUUCACUGUUUAUAUUACCGUCACUUGCACACCAAAGACCUCCAGCCUUACCUCUGUUCCUCCUCCUCAGAUGAAGGUACAAUCCAGAUCCACAGUGCCAACUAUGGUCGCCGUGACCAGCUAGUGUGUUCCUUUAAUCGGCUCGCUAACCAACUAGCCAACACCAACUGCCUCAGCCAAUCCACCACCGCCAGUAAGGUGGAAAAGAGGUACUGAAACCUGCAGUGUGUACUGUAGUGUUAACCUCUACCUGUAGAAACAUGAUUAGCGUUAACCUGUAUCUGUCGUUGACACAGGUGUGAUGGGAAUAGCCAGUGUAACGUCCCGGCGUCCAGUUCUCUGUAUGGAGAUCCCUGUGUAGGAACCUACAAGUACCUGGAUGUGGCUUACACCUGUGGCUAAACGUGAGGCACGCACACUAACGCAUGCACACACGACUGGGAAGUAGAAUGCUGGGGCUGACCGUUUUGUCUUGCAGGAGAUCUUCUCUGAGGAACAAAGACCAGAGACUUCUGGGAUAUCUUCCUCUUCAUUGGCUGGAUGUGUCUUUCCUGGCGGCCUCCUUUUUGAAGUCUCAAUUGAGUGUAAAACAUAUGUAAACUGCAUGUUUCCAUGUAAAGUUCAAGAUUUGUAAAUCAAAUGUAUUUUGUCGUAGGCAUAAUUUGUAUGUAGUAAAAAAAAUACUAAAUGAGGCCUUCUGGAGCUUUAUUCCUGGUGCUGCAGCAAGGCACGGUCAGGAGGACUCAUGGAGAAAUGAAACAUUAACCCCA